AAGCUCAAACCGCGGGUGGAGCAGGUGUGUCGCGACCUUGGCCUGCAAUAUUGUACGGAAGACAAUGCGGGCAGGAUGUAUGUCAACUUGACGGGCGGACCGGCGCAGAUGCCGUCGUAUCCACCGCACCAGCAUCAUCAUCCACAACACGCUCCGCAGCCGCAUCAUGGCGAGCAGCAGCAGCAAGAGAAUACCCUUGUUGAACAAGCUAUUACCAACGGCUUGCCUAGGCUUUUGCGAAAGCUGGAGAAGGCCUGCUGCAUUGUUAUGUGA